CUAGGGGCAGAGUGACCGGGCGGGGUGGAGAGGAUGUUUAACUCCUUAGGGUCUAAUUCCUCCCUCCUUGCCCCUCGCUCCCUUUCUCAUUUGGACGUCCAAGAAUUCCAUCCCCCAGGCUCUCCCCCCACAGUUGUCUCCCGUCCCGUAACUCCUGUGGGUUCCCCUCCGCACUUCGGGUCCCUACGGCAGCGAGCAGCUGAGGGUUAAGGGGGCGGGGCCGCUGCAUUUUUGGGGAGUGAGCGCAUCCUAGCGGCUGCCAAGAGGGGCGCCCGGCAGGAACCUUACGAAGCCCCCGAGUAGGGGCAACAGGUGUUUUGGAGAUUAGGGGAUCCUGGUGUUGCUUCUCGGACUCGACCUAAAGCAGAAGACCCGCGAGGGUGCGGGCGGAAUGGGGUGAAAUAAAAAGAAGAAACUAAGAAAUCAGCGCGGCUGGAGGGGGAGUCUGUGUGGAUGGGAUGGGGACGCCGGGGGAAGGGCUGGGCCGCUGCUCCCAUGCCCUGAUCCGGGGGGUCCCGGAGAGCCUGGCGUCGGGGGAGGGUGCGGGGGCUGGCAUCCCGGCUCUGGACCUGGCCAAAGCUCAGAGGGAGCAUGGGGUGCUAGGGGGUAAACUGAGGCAGCGGUUGGGGCUGCAGCUGCUAGAAUUGCCUCCUGAAGAGUCGCUACCCCUGGGACCGCUGCUCGGUGACACGGCCGUGAUCCAAGGGGACACGGCCCUAAUCACGCGGCCUUGGAGCCCUGCCCGCAGACCGGAGGUGGAUGGAGUCCGCAAAGCCCUCCAGGACCUGGGGCUCCGAAUAGUGGAGAUGGGGGAUGAGAAUGCGACGCUGGAUGGCACCGAUGUUCUCUUUACCGGCCGGGAGUUUUUCGUGGGCCUAUCCAAGUGGACCAAUCACCGAGGAGCAGAGAUCGUGGCAGACACGUUCCGGGACUUCGCUGUCUCCACAGUGCCUGUCUCGAGCCCCUCCCACCUGCGCGGCCUCUGUGGCAUGGGGGGACCCCGCACUGUGGUGGCCGGUAGCAGCGACGCUGCCCAAAAGGCUGUCAGGAUGAUGCGGCUGCUGACUGUCUCUUUCUGCGUCCUGGGUUGCCUGGUGUGCCCCCUUUCCUCCUGCACCGUGGAGGUGGGGACCUGCCCAACAGCCAGGAGGCACUGCAGAAGCUCUCCGAAGUCACCCUGGUACCUGUGUCCUGCUCAGAACUGGAGAAGGCAGGCGCUGGGCUCAGCUCCCUCUGCCUGGUCCUCAGCACACGCCCCCACAGCUGAGGGCCUGGCCUUGGGGUCCUGGCUGGCCAGGGGUAGGGCCACAUGGGGAGUAGAAGAGGAAUGAAGGUUAGACAGAGGAUGGUGAAUAGUUAGUAGUGGGGAGAGGGACUCAAGAUAGGGGGAGGGCAUAGUGUGGGACAAAAGAUAGAGGCCACAGAGUGAGUUCUCUCCCCCAGAACUAAUAAAAUAGAACUGACCUUUUA